GAAGGAGGUCUGUAUGUGUGUAUGAACUCAUUCCUGGGUUUCGGAAGAGAACAUGUGGAGAGACAUUACCGUAAAACUGGACAGAGUGUGUACAUGCACUUAAAAAGACACGUGAAAGAGAAAGCCACAGGUGCUGCAGGGGGUGCCAUACCAAGAAGAAGGAACGGAAAAAUAUUUUUAGAUUUAGAGCUUAACCGUGAUUUUAACGGAGAUGGUUAUGAGUAUGAAGAUGAAGCCAAGCUUGUCAUAUUUCCAGACCACUUUGAGAUCCCUUUACCAUAUUCCUAA